AUGACACCCGAAACCGCGGCAGCUCCACAACUUUUAUCAAACUUACCACCAGGCACUUCACAUUGGCAAUGGAUAUUUGGGAUUAUAGUUAGUUCAUCGUUUAUUUUAUAUGGCCUUGAGGCUGGCUGGAUGUCUCCAAUGUCCAUAAUAUUCACGUCAGAAAAUUCGCCUGUCGGCUAUCCUCUGUCAAAUUCGGCAAUAUCUUGGCUAGCAAGUAUAGUUGCCUUUGUAGCCGCUUUUAGUGUGCCAAUAUUCGCACACUUAACAGAUGAUUAUGGAAGGAAAUGGGUCCUAUUAUUCGCUACUUUACCACAGAUGGCGUCUGUUCUCCUAAGAAUAUUUUUUCCGAAUAUAAUUAUCCUCUCCAUUGCGCGUGCUUUAUCUGGAAUCUCUGCCAGUGGAGUGUUUGUUAUAGUGACAGUGUACUUACGUGAAAUAAGUCAGCAUGACAUAAUAGCUGCCUUGGGAUCUUUACCAGUUUUGAUGCAGAAUACAGGAGUAUUUCUAAUAUAUUUGAUUGGCGCGUAUCUCGAUUAUUUCACUGUACUAUGGAUAAUGCUGGUAUUUCCCGUGUCAAUGAUAAUUUUGCUGUGGCAAAUUCCAGAAUCACCAGAAUUUCUUGUUAAGGAAGGAUUAAUGGAUAAAGCUCAUGAUACUGUGGCGUUCCUGAGAGGUUUGAAACCGAAUGACGAAAGAGUUAAAGCGGAUGUUGAAUUCCUUAAGCGGUUAGAAGAUCAAUUUGCACAUUUGCCUAAAACUAACUUUUACCUUAUCUUUAAAGAUAAAGUGUGGAGAAGAGCAUUUGUAUUAAUUUUCGUUCUAUUCACUUGUCAUGCGUGGAACGGUUCAAUGGUGAUUGUGGCUUAUGCGUCAACAAUACUCCGCAGUGCAGAGCACGGCCAUCUGAGUUUCAUUCGACCUGAGUUACAAUGUUUGUGCUUUCCAGUCGUGAUGAUAACAGCGUCCUUGUGCUUUGUAUUCAUAGCAGAGAAGAUGGGAAGGCGGCAUCUCCAAGCGGUUGCCUAUAUAGUAACAGUUAUAGCAUUCACGGUGCUAGGUAUAAGUUUGCUGCUAGAAGAUAUAUACCAAUCCAUUGACAGUCCCCAAUGGCUUCAUGUUCUCUGUAUGACGGCAACUGUUGCUAUGUAUUCGGGAGGUAUCCGACCGUUGCCUAGCAUAAUUAUAACUGAGAUGUUCAGUUUUAAGGUUCGAGCUAAAGUGAUGGGUGUACUCACAACGUAUGGAUGGCUGGUGGUUUCCACACAACUAUUCAGUUACGGUUUUAUUGUCGACGUCAUCGGUCUACCUUUAACGUUUCUUCUGUAUGCUGUGGUAAAUUUGAUUGGAAUGAUAUUCUCUCUACUUUUGCCAGAGACUAAGGGACGAACCCCGGAAGAUAUCAGAAAUAUAUUUAUGCAUCACAAUUCUCCGAAAAACUGA